AUGUCUCGUGCAAUUCCUCCUUCUUCAAGAAAUGCACCAGGUACUGCUAGCGGACGACCAACUGGGACAGCAACGCGUCUAACAACAGCCGCAGGUCAACGUCCCGUGAGUCGUGGUGGUCCCGGUUCGACUAUGCGUAUCAAGGUUGAAGAUACACCAAUGACGCGGGGAGGAUUAGGUGGUAUACAAGCAAAUGCGAGUUUAGCAGGUCGUCAAGUUAUGGAUAGAACAUAUUAUGUCGGUUUAGUGAGGUCUAAAGUUAACGAACUUGAAACAGAAACAAAUCGUCUACAAAAAGACACUGAUUCAUUUACAGAAGAUAAUAAGCAAUAUUCUGCCUUGAGUAAAGCGGCUGAAGAAUUAUCACAACAAAUCGAAAGUCUACGUAAUGAAUUGGGCGAUUAUAAUAUGAUUAUUGAUCGUUUGCAAACGUCAGGCGAAGUGGCUGAACUGAAAAAAGAACUAAUGGAUUUGACGUCUCAUAAUCAUCAAGUUGAACUUGGUAUUGACGAAAUUUAUGUCGAAAAACGAAGAAAAGAAGACCAAUUACAUCGUUUGGAACGUGACUUAGCAGAUGAGAAAAAGAAGUCCGAAAAAUUGUUAGCAAAUAUGAAUCCCGAAUUGAAACAACGUUAUUCAAAAAUUAAAUCCUACUCUGAUAAAUUACAACAGCAAAUGGAUGCAAUGCAAAAUGAAAUUAGUACACUGGAAGGUCAAAUGAAUACAAUGAGAGAACAAAUGUCCGGUUCAGUAAUCAAACAAGACGCUUUAUCGUUAGUUGAACAAUUACAUGAACUGGAGACAAAACGUGAACAAUUACAAGAAGAAAGUAAAAAUUCUAUGACACCUGAUCAAGAACAACAAAAACUAACACAACAAGUUAGAGAAGAAAAUCAAGAAAUUGCCUCGAUGGAACGACAAAUCAAAGAAUUAAAAGAACGUAAUGAAAGUUUAAAACGUGAAUAUCAGGAGUUGGAUAAUGAUCGUCAACAAUCAAUAACCACCACUAAAGCGUCAGCAAAAGAUCAACAACCAGUUGAUGAUGAUACAACGCAAAAAUAUUUUGAAUUAAAAAAAAAAGAACAACAAAUUGAUGAAUUUAUAGAGAGUUAUGCUGAAACAAAAGAACAAAAUUUAUCACAAUUAAAAUCUGUUCAAAAAUCAAAUUUAAAUCUUGUACAAAUAUUAAGUCGUGGUUUGAUGAAAGGACAAAAUUUACCAUCAAAGGAUGAAUACUCAGAAUUAAAGUCUAAUUUAGAGAAUAAAGAAUCGGAAAAGAAAAAAUCAAAUGAUACAAAUAUUAUAUUAAAAGAACAACACCGAAAAUUAAAGCAAGAUUAUGAUAAAUUAGAAACAUUAGAUCAACGUUUAAAUGAUGAACGAGAAGAAUUAAAAACAAAAUGGAUAAAAAUGCAAGAAGAUUUGGAGAAAUUUAGUGAUUUAGAGGGUUUGAAGAAAAAUGCUGAAAAACGAAAACUACGAUUAGCUGCAGAUAAAAUCAAUAUGGCAAAACAACGUCAAGCUACAAAGCUAGCAAUUCAAAUGCUUCAUUCUCAAUAUGAAGCAAUUCAAGGACAAGUGCACGAUAAUGAUACUCAUCAACAACUUGUUGGAUUAGAAAAAACGUUACAAACGUUGGGACAAUCUGUUUUCACUGCAGAAGAGACACUAUCAUCUCAAAAUGCUCAAGGACAAUAUGAACAAAUAAAACGACAAGCACUUGAUCUUGUACAAUUACAUAAUCGUUGGUUAACGGAAAAAUUUGCAAAUUCACCAGUUGCUUAG